UUUUCUUGUCGCUUCUCAAUAUUUUUUUUUCCUAGUUUUAGCUUAUAUUAGUUUUUUUUUUUUUUUUCUUGCCUUGGUUGCAAACCUCCCUGAAAUGGUUAGCAAAACGUCAGUUUUCUGGUUUUUUGUUUUGUUUUUUUUGUUUUUUUACAAAGGAGGAGAUUAUUGUUUAGAUUAAUAAUAAGCCCGUCCUUGUAUUUUAUUUUACAAUCUAAUAAAAAUGUUGAAAGUGGGAUUUUUUAAAAAAAAAUAAAAUAAAAUAAAAAUCACCUCUUUGGGCAGCGUUUUGGGUUUAUAUGUAUCGAUGUAUCUUGUUUUUAAAAAUUACAAUGGAAUGUGUUGCUUCCAGAAUAAAAGUAUAUCAUACCCUGUGAGAGAAACUCAAGCCAGCCAAAGGAUAAAUCUUUAAUCGUUGGCUGGCUGGGGAAUUCUGGGAGUUGGAGUCCACAGGUCUUAAUAUUGCCACGGUUGGACAUUCCUGAAUUAAAGCUCAGGGCAUUCCCCUGAGUCUUCUGCGGUUAUGGAAACCAGCUCAUCCUAUCCUGCAUCCAUCCAUCCAGGGGAAGGAAUCUGUCAAGCACAUUUCUGCAUUCUGUUUAGUCAGGUGGGACUCCCUGUGCUAUGUCUUUGGGGGCCCAGCCCCAUCCUUGGAAGCCCAUCAUCCUCUCUUACCCCAGGCGUCCUUGACCUCCCACGUUGAUGUGGAGCGUGUUGUGUUUCAAAGUGCUAAGAAAGAUGCAGCGACGGCAUAGCAGCAUCACAGACAGCCUUCCACCUGAAAGAAACCGGAACCAAGCCAUCACCUCGGAGACCAGCGUAGACGAAGGGGGUGUUUUCGAAAGCCUGAAGACGGAAGCCCCCUCCCCUCAACAGCUCUUCUCGGGGCUGGGGGGAAUCCCAUCAGGCAGUAUCUCGGCCACCCCUUUCCAAUCCAGUUUGCUCCUUGGGUCCUCAGCCGGAGGAGGCGAGGUCUUUAUCCAGAUGCCUGCUGCUCGGGAGGAGGGGCCAAGCCGGACGGAGGCGGGGCUCUAUCACUAUCGGCAACCGCAUCAUUACCAUCACAGCCACCAGAGAGGCUCCUCCCUGCUCCAUAUGAGUGGCGCUGACCGCCAUGGGCAUCCUGAAGAGACCCCCGAUGAGCCGCCUGGCACCCCGGCCCCGGCCCUUCCUGAGAUGAAGGCGGUCAUCUCCUGGUUGCAGGAUGGCCUCCCCUUCAUCGUGAUCCUGCUGACGAAAGUUUGUUUCCAGCACAAACUGGGUAUUGCCCUCUGCGUGGGCAUGGCCAGCACAUUUGCAUAUGCAAAUUCAGCCCUUCGAGAACAGAUCUCUUUAAAGGAAAAGAGGUCCAUCUUCAUGGUUUUCUGGAUCUUGGUCUUCCUUGCAGGGAACACCCUCUACCUGCUCUACACCUUCAACUCCCAACAGCUGUAUAACAGCCUCAUCUUCCUGAAGCCCAAUCUGGAGAAGCUGGAUUUCUUCGACCUGAUGUGGAUGGUGGGGAUCACAGAUUUCGUCCUGAAGUAUCUCACCAUUGCUUUGAAGUGCCUGGUGUUGGUGCUGCCCAAAAUCAUCCUUGCGGUUAAAUCAAAGGGGAAGUUCUACCUGGUCAUUGAAGAAAUAAGCCAAUUGUUCCGUUCCCUGGUCCCCAUCCAGCUGUGGUAUAAGUACAUCAUGGGGGAUGAUCCAUCCAGCAGCUAUUUCCUUGGGGGAAGCCUUCUCAUCAUGUACAGCCUCUGCAAAUCUUUUGACAUCUGUGGCCGUGUGGGAAGUGUGACCCGGGCAGUCAGAGUCCUCUGUGCUCCUCAGAGCUACGGGGUCCGUGCGAGCAACCAGCAGUGCAGCGAGGCGGGCGACAUCUGUGCCAUCUGCCAGGCUGAAUUUAGAGAAGCAGUGAUGCUCUUAUGCCAGCACGUUUUCUGCGAAGAAUGCCUCUGCCUCUGGUUUGACCGGGAGAAGAUGUGUCCACUCUGCCGCUCCGUAGCUGUGGAAACCCUGCGCUGUUGGAAGGACGGUACCACAUCUGCUCAUUUCCAGGUGUAUUGACUUGCAAGGAUGUCCCAAAAUGCCAAGAAGACAUCUUAGUGAGGAAGGGUAAGAUGGAGCCUUCUUCAGAAUAUCUCUGUGGAGUCACAGUAACUCUCCCCCUUUCUUGCAUAAGGCAAGUUGCAAAAUUCUUCAUCUUCUUUCUGGAGCAUCAGUAAUUGGUGGAAACUUGAAUGUUGACUUCCUUUCGUUCCUUCCUUACUUGUCGGACUGCUUUACUCCGAAACAAUUGGGUACUUAAUUGAGAUCCUGAGCACAUCCAUUCUAUCACCAGGAGCCCUGAUGGCGCAGUGGUUAAAGUGCAGUAUUGCAGCCUAACUCUGCCCACAGUUUGGAGUUUGAUCCUUGACAGGCUCAAAGUUCACUUAGCUUUCCAUCCUUCCAAGGUCGGUAAAAUGAGGCCCCAGGGGGCAAUAUGUUGACAUUGUUGUAAAGCACUAUGGGAUAGUAUGUAAGUCUAAAUUCUAUUGCUGUUGCUAUCUCUUAUAUACCGUAUUUUUCGGAGUAUAAGAUGCACUUUUUUCUCCCCUAAAAGAGGGUGAAAAUUUGGGUGCGUCUUAUACACCGAAUGUAGCCAAAAACGUGAGGCACGGAGGAGGCGAUGGUCUACGACAAUCCCUGCAGCCUGGAACAGCUGAUUGGGGGGUAUUCUGGGAGGCCGAUCUACCCGCCAAUCAGCUGCUCGUGCUGAAUCAGGCUGCAAUAAUGUGCUGAAGCUGACCUGGCUGUUCGCUAUUUGCUGCAAGGACUGUUUGCGGCAGCAAGCAAAACACAAGCAGAGGAGAGGAGUUUCAGUUUCGGAGAUCAGCACAGCAUGCAGCUUUAGAACAAUUGACCUAAGCCACGCCCAGGCUCCUUGCUGUCUCCUUCCUUGUUGCUCACACAGCAAAUACUGUUUCAGUUUCCAAACAGUCUCACACACUUGAUAGGAUGAAUACUGAUGGAUGCUGGUAGGCAGAGCCAGAAUUAUUAUUUUUUUUUUCUUAUUUUUCCUCCCUCAAAACUAAGGUGCGUCUUAUACUCCGGAGCAUCUUUUACUCCGAAAAAUACGGUAGCUUUCGAGAGAUACAGGGAUGGGGUAGGGAGAAUCACAAAGGUAAUUAACGGAGGGAACUCAUAAUGACAAGGUGUGGAAUUGGACCAGUUUCAACCUCUACCAAUGGCUACUAAUUGUGAUGGCUAAACAGACGCUCUAUAUUUAGAGGUAUUUAAUCAUUGGGUACAGCUAUAGGAGAGGACCAUUGCCUUCAAGGGCCUGAGCUUGUCCACAUCUGAUCAACCUCUCUUGGAAAUAAAGAAUGGACGUCCAUGAAUUCCA